AUGUUCGUGCAGCCAAGGGCUGGAGGAGAACCACUAAUGCUAGGAAUGAAUGCGCUUGGUGCAUGCAAGAAAUGGCGAAAAGAAAUGAUGAAAAUUAUGGAAGACCAGCUGAAAAAUCCCAAGACUUAUUUCUACAAUGCCCAAUCGAAAGCCGACAAGGACGUACAAACGAAAGCGUGCCGAACAGGCACGCGGAGCAGCAUGGAAAAAACUAUAGUAUCGAGGUUGAUGAAAGCGGAGCAACGUCAGAAUAACGAAAGAACGCGUGUGAGGAUUCGUCGGUGGCCAAGUGCACAUCGCAACCUACCACAGCAAGGGCGAGCUCGACCGCCGUAUAUUCGGAGACGAAUGACGCGCAAAUGGUAA